CCAGCUAGCUACUUUCUCCCCUGUACUCUCUCUCUCGUCUCCUGUGCUUUCUUCCAUAAGUAGUAGUAGCCUUUGCCCGGUUGCUCGCUCUCGUCCCUGGUCCUUUGCGCAAAGAGGAAAAAUAACAAGGAAAGAAAGCUCCAGUCCAGUCCAGCCCCCGACGCCGCCGCAGCGCAGAUCUACUACACAUAGAUCGUUGUGCCGUCGUUGCAGCGGUGUGGUGUGGGGCGGGGAUGGCGGGGAAGAGGGAGAGGAUAGCGAUACGGAGGAUCGAGAACCUGGCGGCGAGGCAGGUCACCUUCUCCAAGCGGCGGAGGGGCCUCUUCAAGAAGGCCGAGGAGCUCUCCAUCCUCUGCGACGCCGAGGUCGGCCUCGCCGUCUUCUCCGCCACCGGCAAGCUAUUCCAGUUCGCAAGCUCCAGCAUGAACCAGAUUAUUGAUCGGUAUAACUCCCAUUCCAAAAUACUUCAGAGAGCAGACGAGCCAUCUCAACUGGACUUGCAUGAGGACAGCAACUGCGCAAGAUUAAGGGAGGAGCUUGCAGAAGCAAGCCUUUGGCUCCGGCAGAUGAGAGGAGAGGAGCUGCAGAGCCUGAACAUCCAGCAGCUUCAGGCUCUAGAGAAGAGGCUCGAGUCGGGGCUCAGCUCCGUGCUCAAAACCAAGAGCCAGAAAAUCCUGGACGAGAUCAGCGGGCUAGAGAGGAAGAGGACGCAACUGAUAGAGGAAAACUCAAGGCUGAAGGAGCAACUGCAGGUGUCCAAGAUGGAGAUGCAGGUUGCCGCUGAUUCACCGGUGGUUUACGAGGAAGGGCAAUCGUCUGAAUCCGUCACCAACGCGUCAUAUCCGCGUCCUCCCCUCGACACGGAGGACAGCUCUGAUACGUCGCUCAGGCUCGGAUUACCACUCUUUACCUAGAUGUGAUUGGCUGGAAACCGUCUAGGGCAAACUCCUGGAUCACGCUCUGCAUUGAAUAAGCGAUUUUGAAGUGCCAGAUGAUGUGUGUAAUCUGAAAAAUGACUGUACUUUGUUAUAUAUAGUAUAGUGCUCAUAAUAAGAGAACAGGCUCUUUUGAUUUUACCUGCUGCUGUUUUUAUGUGUACCACUAGUCCCUGAUGAUCCAUCAGAAUUCAGAAUUA